CCUGCUGUAUAGCCACUUUGAACUGCAGGUCACAUGUUACUAGCAAGGCUAUUUCUAGUGCCACAGAACUUUCUUGUGCCCCUCUCCCCCAAAAUGCAUGGCAGGACACUACAGGGCCUGGCCAUGCCCCUCUGUAUAAGUGUGACAUCCCCCCCCCCCCAUUUUGUCCAAGAGGACAACAACAUUCCCUGUCUCUGUAAACAGCGCAGAGCCCUUUCCCUCCAGCCUUCGCCUUCCCUUUUCCCGACAAGCUCUGCGCGACGUCACUCAGCCGGCGUCGUUGCUAGGGAGGGGGUCCAUGCGGGCGGUUGCUAAGGGCCGCAGCGGCGAGGAGGCGCGUUGCCCGCAGGGGUUUCCGCCUGCUCUCUCCCCUCCGAGGCCAGUCUGUGGGCUCCGCAUCCUUCCUCGCCAUCUGCACAGCUACGUUACGCUCGUCUCUCCCCCUCUGCUGCCCGUCCUCCAUGAAAAAGAGCCAAACAAACCUCGUUGGGCCAAGAUGUCUCAUUUCACAAGUGAAGAAGAAGUUUCUUUGCAGUCUAUGCUCAGGCAGUUACUACAAAGUGUCAAAGAGAAAAUCACGGGAGCGCCAUCAGUGGAGUGUGCAGAAGAGAUUCUGUUGCAUUUGGAGGAAACAGAUGAAAAUUUCCACAAUUAUGAAUUUGUGAAAUACCUCAGACAAUACAUAAGUAAAAAUUUAGGCUCUGUGAUAGAAGAAGAAACUGAGAAGCGUACUUCAGCACAAAAUCAGGGUGAAGGAUCUGGCUAUGACACCCUUGUACAACAUGUUACUAAAAAGACCCGAGAAUCAAAAGAAUACAGAGAAAUGAUGCACUCUCUGAAAAAUGUCAUGAUGGUUGUGGUUGAAUCUCUGAUUAAUAAGUUUGAAGAAGAUCAGAUGCGCUACAAGGAGAUGCACAGAAAAGUCAAAACAGAACAACAAAGUAGUUACUAUACAGAUAACUGUUCUGAUAGCGAUUCUUCCUUUAAUCAGAGCUAUACAUUCAUGAAUCAAGAACAGUUGCAACUACUUGUAGAAAGGCUUGAUCCCGCACAACCUAAGGAAGUACGCCAGGAAGCCAUGCAUACAUUGUGCUCUGCACCUCCCUCUGAUAUUUUAAACUGUGAGAGCUGGACUAAUUUACGUAAACAUCUUGCAACAGCACUUUCAGACCCAGAUUCAAAUUUUAGUGACAAAGUUUUGAAAUUCUAUGCCAAGACGUUUUCUUCCUCUUCUCUUAAUAUGACAAGAGAACUAUAUACGAGUUUAGCAAAGUACUUGGAGCUAUACUUUCUCUCUGAGAAUAAUUAUGUUCCUACUCUGUCAAUGGGUGUUGACAUAAGCAACCCAGAUGUUAUUCGUUUACUAAAAAAGAUACGUCUGCUAAAUGAAUACCAGAGGGAAGUUCCAUCUUUUUGGAUUCGUCAUCCAGAAAAAUACAUGGAAGAAAUAAUGGAGAGUACCCUAUCGCUUCUCUCAGUAAAACAUGAUCAUGCUGUUUCUCCAAAAUCUUUGGAUCCAGUAUACUUCUUGGCACUGGUUGAUCUCAAAGCUGUCUGGUUUAAAAAAUGGAUGCAUGCUUAUUACAGCAGAACAGUGGUGUUAAGGCUUCUUGAAAAGAAAUAUAAAUCUUUGAUUAUUGCAUCUGUUGAGCAAUGUGCUUCCUACUUGGAAGCUUGUGAAUCAACUGUUGAUGGAACUGGCAUGGUUAAUUAUUUUUCCAUUUCUCAUGAUGGUAGUAAACAGAAGAAUUUCUACACUGGAAAAGAAUUGCAGUAUAUUUAUUUUGUUCAUUCCCUGAGCCUGUUAGGCAGAUUGUUGAUAUAUAAACAAGGCAGAAAACUGUUUCCUAUUCAGCUAAAAAACAGAAAAGAUUUAAUGUCUCUGACGGACCUUGUCAUAUUAUUUACUCGUCUUAUCUGUUGCUCGCCAAAUUGCCCAAAGACUCUUACUGCGCAUUCAGGCAAUUAUUCUCCAGCUGGCCUCAUUACUGAUGUGUUAAGAAUUCUUUGUGAUCGCAAAGAAUGUGCAACUGAAUGUCUGUAUACUAAUACAGUGAUGGAAGCACUUCUUCAACCAAUUCAUUAUUUACUGAAUGGAACAGAGGUGCAUCUGAAUUGUUCAGAAACCACUCUGAUACAUGUAGCUGAUAUUUUAGCAAGAAUUGCUGCUGUAGAUGAUGGUCUUUCACUGCUUCUUUAUGGAGGAGAGAAUCCUACUGUGGAGGUUACUAGCCAUAGGGGUGCUCAUACAAUCGUUCAGUUUACAAAGAAGCUUCUUGAUGAAGACAUUUCUGUUUUGUCUGGUUCUGAGAUGUUGCCAGUCCUCAAAGGCGCUUUCAUCUUUGUGUGCCGCCAGAUGUACAGUACCUGUGAAGGAUUAGAGGUGUUGCAACUUUAUCGUUUGCAUCGAUCUAUUGCUGAGGCUUGGAAAAAGACCAGCUUGAUUUCAGAGAGAAUUCCUACUCCUGUAACUGGAGCAGAUUGUGCUGCAUCAGUAAGCCAAAAGUCACAGAACUUCAUUUUAUUGGAAGAGACACUGUUGGAUGAUUUGCUUAAUUUUGCUUCUACACCAAAAGGGCUAUUGCUGCUGCAAAACACAGGAACUGUCAAUGAAUGUGUGACAUACAUGUUUAACAGGUUCACAAAAAAUCUCCAGGUCAGUGGAUGUGAAAAGUUUGGCUACGGAUUAAUUCUUUCACAAGUGGCUGCAACUGCUCCUGGUGCUAUAGCUCUACAGAGUUCAGGAUUUGUAAAAGCACUUGUUACUGAACUAUGGGGUGUUUUGGAAUGUGGAAGAGAUGACAUCCGAGUCACUCACCCCAGAUCAACACCUGUAGAUCCUAUUGACCGCAGCUGUCAGAAGUCUUUUCUAGCUCUGAUAAAAUUGUUAUCCUAUCCUGCUGUUUAUGAGUUGAUUGGUAAUCAAGAGAUACCAAAUAAACUGGAAUAUUCUCUUCGUGAAGUUCCUACAGAUAUUAUUGAUAUUAUUGACAGACUUAUAAUUGUGAACACAGAAGCUAAAAUUCAUUCAUUAUUCAAUUAUGAGCAGUCUCAUAUCUUUGGACUGAGGUUAUUGAAUGUGCUGUGCUGUGAUCUAGAUACACAGCUACUUUUCGAAUCUCAGUAUAAGAUAUCGGAAGUGCUCUUAGAUGCACAAAAAGACAAUGCUAUCAAUAUUUCUGAAACAUCUCGAGACUUCAUAAUUGAUGGCUUAUCAGUAGAAAGGAACCAUAUUCUGGUUAGAAUAAAUCAUGUUGGGGGACCAACAGAACGGAUUUUGCCUCCCCGAAUACUGCAUAAGGGUGAUGAUCCAUAUCCUUGGCCAAUGUUUUCCUCAUACCCUUUACCAACAUGUUAUCUUGCUGAAUUUCCUAGAAAAACAGAUUCAAGGCAAGAUGAUGAUGCUACCAAGCUUUUAUCUGCUUUAAAAAAUCCAGAUAAAUACUUGGGAUGGAUUGAAAAUGUUCAAAGACAGUUUUGUGAAAUCAUGGAAAGCAAACCUAAUGUUGUGAGUGGAACCAAUUUGGCAGAGUUAAUUGAAAAGUUUGUGCUACUUCUUUCUGAAACACCAUCAGAACGUUAUUUCAGUAGUAGAGAAAAUGAAGAUUAUGCAAAUGUGGAAACAAAUCUCACAUCUAUACAGCAGCUUGGCAUUAAAAUGACAAUCAGUUAUGGUAAACAUUUGAACCUCCUAGGGGAGAAUGCUGAAAAUGAUCUUUGCCAAGUUCUAAUGAGUUGUGAGAAAUAUUUGAAACAACAACAACAUGUGUUUAUACAGACAUCGUUACGUGGUCUGGAAGGAGGAUAUGCAAACUAUGAUUGGUUUGCUUCUUCCAUAUUUCUAAUAAUGAUGGGAGAUAGGGAAAAAACAUUUACAUUUCUCCACCAGUUCUCCCAUCUUCUCGUUUCGGCAUUCCUGUGGAUACCUCGCCUGCAUCGCUCUAUCCACCUGCCUCUUGAUACUGCAAUGUCUGGCAUCCACCCAGUCUAUUUUUGCAGUGCACAUUACAUUGAGAUGUUGUUGAAGGCAGAGUUGCCACUUGUGUCUUCUGCUUUCCAUAUGUCUGGUUUUACUUCAUCACAGAUCUGUCAACAGUGGCUAACCCAAUGCUUCUGGAAUUAUAUGGACUGGCGUGAAAUCUGUCAUUAUAUUGCCAUUUGUAUUUUCCUUGGCCCAGAUUAUCAGAUAUAUAUGUGUCUAUCUGUGUUCAAACAUCUACAGCAAGAAAUUCUUCAGCAUACACAGACUCAAGACCUUCAAGUUUUUCUCAAAGAAGAAGCACUUCAUGGAUUUCAAGUGAGUGAUUAUUUCAGAUACAUGGAAAACUUGGCUCAAACCUACAGACCCGUGCUGCUAAAAGACAUGGAGAACAUUAGAGUACUGAACACAUAGAUCAAGCAAACGAGCAUCUCAUUUCAAAUGUUAGUUAUGUUCUGAAGGGACACCUAUUGUUUGUUUUAUAUCUUUCUCCUUAACAAUACAUUUAUUCUAAAUGUACAUGCUGCCAAAACAAUAAUAGAACUGUUCAGCGUAGGAGUUUCACAAGACAAUAUCCUCUAAAUUGCAUCAUCUCAAAAAUAAUGUGUUUUUCUAUCCAUGCGCUAUAGCCUUGUUUACACUUGAUAUCAGAACUGCCCUUGAAUUACUGAAAUGUCCUGUUUAUAUUUUCUGGAGUGAAUUCUAUAUUAUUAAAGUUUGCUUUCUUCAACCUCUAUUUUAAAAAAAUCUAAAUUGCAUACAGGUUUGGCAACAAAAAAUAGUGUGAAUAUUUAUUUGAAAGAUCAACCAUUGUUAAUAGUGAGGAAGACUGGCAAAACCUCUGUUAUGUGGCAGGAAUAACCUUGGAUUGUCAGGAAGCUAAGCAUCUCAGUUUGGAAAUGGUCAAGAGCAUUGAAUAUCUGUUGAAGCAAAAUGGAAAAUUUGCCAUUGCUUUAUUUUGUAGUCAUUUUUAAAGUAAAUUAUUACUGUUUUUAAGGUGAACAAAUUAAAACAUACAGUACUUGUGUUUUUCUUAUUUUUAUGUAAAAAAUGCAAGGAAUAUUAGUGGUAUCUUCAUAAUUGCAUUUGUUUGAAGUGUUAAGUCAGGCUAUCUGAGAAGACUUGGUCAAAUUUGGAUUCUAUCACAUGUCUUAUGGGUAUAUAGUGUAUGCAAAAACAGAUAUCUUGUACCAUCAACAAAAGUUAUUAGAUUUUCUUUUUAAUAAAAUGACAAAUUUAAAUUAAA